UCUGCGGGUUUAGUCGCGUUCAGAAGCAAAUCGUCGUCCACCGGAUUCAGAUUUAAUUUCUUGCAGUUAAGAAAAAGCUCCUGUGACAGCAACAAUAUGACCAUCAAAGCAAUCAAGGCCCGUCAGAUCUACGAUUCCCGUGGCAACCCCACCGUGGAGGUCGACCUGACCACCGAAUUGGGACUCUUCCGUGCUGCCGUUCCCUCGGGUGCCUCCACCGGUGUCCAUGAGGCUCUGGAGCUGCGCGAUGGCGACAAGGCCAACUAUCAUGGCAAGUCCGCUAAGGCUGUCGGUCACGUGAAUGAUACCCUGGGCCCCGAGCUGAUCAAGGCUAAUCUGGAUGUGGUGGAUCAGGCUGCCAUCGAUAACUUCAUGCUGAAGCUGGAUGGUACUGAGAACAAGAGCAAGUUCGGUGCCAAUGCCAUCCUGGGUGUGUCCCUGGCCGUUGCCAAGGCCGGUGCCGCCAAGAAGAAUGUGCCGCUGUACAAACACAUUGCCGAUCUGGCUGGCAACAAGGAAAUCAUCCUGCCCGUGCCCGCUUUCAAUGUGAUCAACGGCGGUAGCCAUGCUGGCAACAAGCUGGCCAUGCAGGAGUUCAUGAUCCUGCCCACCGGCGCCACCAGCUUCACCGAGGCCAUGAAGAUGGGCUCCGAGGUGUACCAUCAUCUGAAGAACGUGAUCAAGGCCAAGUUCGGUCUGGAUGCCACCGCUGUGGGUGAUGAGGGUGGCUUUGCUCCCAACAUUCAGUCGAACAAGGCCCUGAAUCUGAUCAGUGGCAUUGCCAAGGCCGGUUACACCGGCAAGAUUGAGAUCGGCAUGGAUGGCGCCUCUGAGUUCUUCAAGGAUGGUCAGUACGAUCUGGACUUCAAGAAUCCCCAGAGCGACAGCCAGUGGCUGUCGCCCGACAAGUUGGCCAAUAUGUACCAGGAGUUCAUCAAGGACUUCCCCAUUGUCUCCAUUGAGGAUCCCUUCGAUCAGGAUCACUGGGAUGCCUGGACCAACCUGACCGGUGCCACCAGCAUCCAGAUUGUCGGCGACGAUCUGACCGUGACCAAUCCCAAGCGCAUUGCCACCGCUGUGGAGAAGAAGGCCUGCAACUGCCUGCUGCUGAAGGUUAACCAGAUCGGUACCGUCACCGAAUCCAUUGCCGCCCAUCUGCUGGCCAAGAAGAACGGCUGGGGCACCAUGGUCUCUCACCGUUCCGGCGAGACUGAGGUCUUCAUUGGAGAUUUGGUCGUUGGCCUGUCCACUGGACAGAUCAAGACCGGUGCUCCCUGCCGCUCGGAGCGUCUGGCCAAAUACAACCAGAUUCUGCGCAUCGAGGAGGAGAUCGGUGCUGGUGUCAAGUUCGCCGGCAAGAGCUUCAGGAAGCCGCAGUAAGCGUGUGGACAACUUCAAAAUUCCAACCCAACCACACCGAAGGCGCCGUCUGUGAUCCAACCCGCUGCUAGAUCUGGAUCUGGAGAGCGGGACCUGGACGUAGCAGCAGCAGCAGCAGAGAAGACACCACUCCCAUCCAACAAAAGCAUAGACCGGAGUGGAGCGAUUCGGUGCAAGUGUUCGUCAUCCCCUCCCUUACUUUCGGCAUUUGUGUCUGGCGCACAAAUGAAAUCAGAAUUAAAUUACCAAUACCGUUUUGCUGUCUCUUUAUGCUUCGUUAUUUAGACAUUAUUAUUAAUGUUAAACAUGAUCUAAUCAUUAUUUAUAAACAAAACAAUACACACACAAAAACAAAAACCAACAAAACUGUCUGCGAAAUGAAUUUCCCCAACUUAGCUGCUGUAAUUCUCUUGGAAAACACUCCUUGCAGUAAAGGUUAAAAGUUAAUUCUAGUUCUUGAGAUCGGAAUUUUUGCAACAAAAUUCUUAAUAUGAACAUCGAA